AAGUGUGUGCGCGCAAGUGCGCCUGCGUGUGCCCAUGCGUACAGCACUGCGACGGCGUCGCGAGCUUAGGACGCAAUGACGUAACGCGCCAAAUUUUGUCGUGGAGGAGGAGAAGUAGGUGAAGAUCUCGGCUACGGAGAGUAUACGGAGUGGAAAUGGGCCUCCUGGAGCAGUGCGAGGAGCUGUUCAAGACGUCCAACCUGUACGAGGUGCUGGGCGUUGCGAAAGGGGCGUCGGAUGCCGAGGUCCGCCGCGCCUAUUACAAAGUGUCCCUGCAGGUGCACCCCGACAGAGCCCCCGAUGACCGGCGCGCCACCGAGAAGUUUCAGGCUCUGGGUAAGGUGUACGCCGUCCUGAGUGACAAAGAGCAGCGUGCGGUGUACGAUGAGCAGGGCAUUGUGGACGAAGAGUCCGUUUCUGUGGACCAGGACCGCAACUGGGAGGAGUACUGGAGACUGUUAUUCCCCAAGAUCACGGUGGAGGACAUAUUGAAUUUUGAAAAGAAGUACAAGGGCACAGAGGAGGAGCGGCAGGACGUGUGCAGGCUGUACGUGCAGUUCGAGGGCGACAUGGACCAGAUCAUGGGUUCUGCGCUAUGCUGCACCCACGAGGACGAGCCGCGCAUUGCCGCCAUCAUCCAGGGUGCCAUCGCCGCCGGCGACGUGCCCACCUUCCGCACCUUCACCCACGAGAGCGACAAGAAGAAGAAGUCCCGCAAGCGGAGGGCUGAUAAGGAGCAGAAGGAGGCGGAGGAGAUGCAGAAGGAGAUGGGGGUGAACUCCGAGGACAGCCUGGUCGCCAUGCUGAAGCAAAGGCAGAAGUCCAGAGAACAGGGAUUCGACUCCUUCCUCUCCGAUCUGGAAGCGAAAUACUCCAAAAAAGGAGGGAAAGCCGGUGCUGGCAAGAAGGGGAAGAAGUGAUUUUCGGAUGUGUCCAAGCACCAAGGCUUCUGCAUCUAGGAAUGCUGCCCUCUGGCGUUACUUGUUGAGUGGGAGGGACUGACUGAAGAAAGGGUAGUAAAUGAGUAUCAGGCCUGAAAUUUAUUCAGGAGUGUUUGAAGGCUGCUGGUGUGUGUGUGUGUGUGUGUGUGUGUGUGUGUGUGUGUGUGUGUACGUGUACUGUGGUGGGAGUAAAAGUAUGCAGUACCCCUUUUAUCAUGCUCUAUGGCGGCUGGUCACCAUUCAGGUACAGAUAAGUGCUCUUGUAUAAAUGACAAAAAAAAAAAAAGAUCUUAGUGUCCAGUGGUAGAAAACACUCUGCUGCUCGACUCAUGCAGUUGGACGGGUCACUUUGAGAGAAGAUAAUUUUGUAAAGUUAGCAGUUUGGGAUAGUGUUGCACCCGCAAGACUUAACCCAUGUCUCCAUUCCUUAUUUUUUGUACUUAAUGCAUUUUUAUUUCUGUUAUACUUUCAAGACUCUAAGGUAGAAAUGUUUUGAAGGAAAAUAAAGUUAAAGUCUCACUCA